CCAUCGGUGGUGUGGCCGGCGGGUUGGAGGAAGCGUUGCUUAGGAGACGGCGCUAGUCCGUUGCGCCUGCGCGCUGGGCCGCUCCGCGGGGCCGGCCAGACGAGACCGCGGCGUCGGCCGGCGGAGGGAGUGAGGGAGGGAGGGGAGGAGGGUGCGGACGCGGGCGGCUGGAUCUCUGGCUCGGCGCCGUCCGGGAUCUUCCGCUUCACGGUCCGCCGGGGAGGAGGGCGGCGGCAGACGCGUGCUAGGGAUGGAGCACAUCCGGACCACCAAGGUUGAACAAGUGAAAUUACUUGACCGAUUCAGUACCAGCAAUAAGUCAUUAACAGGAACACUGUAUCUUACAGCCACACAUCUGUUAUUUAUAGAUUCCCAUCAGAAAGAAACCUGGAUAUUGCACCACCAUAUUGCCUCAGUAGAGAAACUGGCUUUGACGACUUCUGGAUGCCCACUUGUGAUUCAGUGCAAGAACUUCCGGAUUGUGCAUUUCAUUGUUCCCAGAGAAAGAGAUUGCCACGAUAUUUACAACUCUUUACUACAAUUAUCAAAACAAGCAAAAUAUGAAGAUCUCUAUGCAUUUUCUUAUAAUCCUAAACAAAAUGAUUCAGAACGAUUACAAGGUUGGCAACUCAUUAACCUUUCUGAGGAAUAUAAGAGGAUGGGGGUGCCAAAUUCUAACUGGCAAUUGUCUGAUGCCAACAGAGAAUACAAGAUUUGUGAAACUUACCCCAAAGAACUUUAUGUUCCCCGAAUAGCAAGCAAACCAAUAAUUGUGGGUAGCUCCAAGUUCCGGAGCAAGGGAAGAUUCCCAGUUCUUUCUUAUUAUCAUCAAAAGAAGGAGGCUGCAAUUUGUCGAUGUAGUCAACCACUUUCUGGAUUCAGUGCCAGAUGCCUGGAGGAUGAACAUUUGCUUCAAGCCAUUAGUAAAGCCAACCCAGCCAAUCGUUACAUGUAUGUUGUGGAUACCAGGCCCAAACUGAAUGCAAUGGCCAACAGAGCGGCUGGAAAAGGUUAUGAAAAUGAAGAUAACUAUUCUAAUAUUAGAUUUCAAUUUGUUGGAAUUGAAAAUAUUCAUGUUAUGAGGUCCAGCCUUCAGAAAUUAUUGGAAGUUAAUGGUACCAAGGGACUUUCUGUCAAUGAUUUCUACUCUGGUUUGGAGAGUUCAGGAUGGCUUCGUCAUAUCAAAGCUGUUAUGGAUGCUGCAAUCUUUUUAGCAAAAGCAAUAAUUGUUGAAAAUGCAAGCGUAUUGGGUACAAUUGUUUCUGAUGGUUGGGAUAGGACUUCCCAGGUUUGUUCCCUUGGGUCUCUCUUAUUGGAUUCCUACUACCGGACAAUCAAAGGAUUUAUGGUUUUAAUAGAAAAGGAUUGGAUCUCCUUCGGACACAAAUUUGGGGCUAGGUGUGGCCAAUUGGAUGGUGACCCAAAGGAAGUCUCACCAGUGUUUACUCAGUUCUUGGAAUGUGUGUGGCAUUUGACUGAACAGUUUCCACAAGCCUUUGAAUUCAGUGAGGGAAUUUCUUCUUCAGAUCAUGAACAUAUUCAUUCUUGCCAAUUUGGGAGAAACUUCCUUGGAAAUUGUCAGAAGGAAAGAGAAGAACUCAAGUUAAAGGAGAAGACAUUUUCCUUGCCGUUUCUUUUGGAUAACCAAAAAAAGUACUUAAAUCCUCUCUACAAUUCUAAAUCACAGAAAUUUGCAGUGUUGGAACCAAAUACAGUAUCUUUCAAUUUUAAAAAAUUAAACAGCAUAAAAAUAAGCAAACAGAGGAAGUUCUCACAAAGGAAUUGUUAAAUUCUGUUUGUCCUGAAUCGCCUAUCCUCAAGACACCCCUGUGCUUUAAGGACAAGCCCUGCUACCUGUGAAUGAUGCUCUUCGAACUAUAGAGGGGCAGCAAUCCAGCAGAUAAUCGUUAUAGUGAAUAUGCUGAAGAGUUUUCCAAAUCAGAACCUGCUGUGGUCAGCCUAGAAUAUGGUGUGGCAAGAAUGACUUGUUAGAUCCAUAUUUUCUAGCACUGUUUGUAAUGUAAUAAAUGGAUUGUUACGGUGAUCUGAUUGUGUGCAUGACCAAAAGGAAUUUCUCUAAUAUCAAUCUUAUAGUUUAACACUAGGUUAAAUAGUUGAAGAAAGGACAACAGCUGUAUUGGUGAGAGGAAUAGUCAAGGAAUGGCUUUCUAUAAAAGUAAUGUCAAUAAAUUUACUCAGAAUUUUCACUGUAUAGUAAAUUGAGAUUUCUGUAUGAUUUAUAUGUUUAUUAGAGCUAAAUAUGAAUUGCUUUCCUAUAUACAAAUUAAUUUUCAGAAAACCAACUUCACAAAAUUGUUCCUAAAUGAUUUAUAUGGUGUGUACAUUUAAUUAUGUAGCUAUUACUUUACAUAUUUUGCUUUUUAGUGAGCGCUGUUUAAUGUUCAAGUGCCAUGAAAAGUAUUUCUAAGAAAGCCUUAAGAUCUGUUUUUUUUUUUUUUUUUAUUCUGAAGUUAUGAAGCCUGGAGUAGGAGUUUUCAAUUUUUUUCUUUUGGCCAACUUUGUUUAAAUCAUAAAGCAUUCUCAUUAUAUAGAAGUCGCAUGCUUUAAUAUUCUUACAUGACAGUUGCAGAAACAUUCAGUUAAGUUCUUAUUUAGCUGACCCUGUUUUGUAUUCAAAAUGAAUUAAUUGAAGGUUUUAUUGUGAUCACCAUUUAGUGCUGUACUUGAAUACUUAUUAUUACAACUAGGUGAUUGAUUUCUUUACUAUGCAUAAGCACAAUUGACUUUUUAAUGUAUGAUACUGCAUUCCAUUGAUUCUUUAUUGUUCACUAUUCUUCUGGUAACUGUUUGAUAAGUCUAAAGAGUUAAUACUCAAACUGGUGUUAGAAACAAUUAAUAGUAUAUACAUUUGUAUUUUAAAAAUUGCUUUGUCUUUUAAUGAGUUGUUGUUCUUAGAAUUUGUUUACCCCAAAAACUUUUUGGGGUUAAAAAAAGUAGAAGUACAGAUUGCAAUUGGUUGCAUGGAUUUUAAAGCAGUAAUUUCUAUAUGGUACAUUUCUUUCUUCUUUGUUAAUAUAGAAGAACAACAACAAAAAAAGGAAAGUUAAGAAUAUUCUAAUAUAAAGUUAAUGUUUAAUGAAAACAAUUUAAAGGCUGGAAAGAGUUUGAUUUUUUUUAAUAUUAGACUAACUGUUUAUUCUUUGUCCAUAUCUUUAAAUUAAAAACCAAAAGAGCAAUAAACAGGUGUAAUUAUAUCACCCACUGACUUUAAAAUGGAAAAUUUAAGUUACAUAGGUUGCAAGAGUUAUAACUCAAACAUACUAAGAAAUUUAGUAGAGACUAUCUUCUUGCUUCUCUCAUUUUAUAUACAUCUCUUAAAAUAAUUUUGGGCAUAAAUAUCUUCCAAAUGGAGAAAAUCUAUUAUGAGAAAUAGUAGAGAAAUACUCCUUUACAAACAAUAACAAAUGCAGAGUAUGUCUUUUUCAGUAUUUAGGAACUAUGACAGGUAACAGUCAUUGUUGAUCACAGGGAAAGCUUUUGUGCCUUGUUACUUAAUGCAGUUACUGAUUGUGAUUUGUUAAUCUUCAUGGCAGUUUACUUUCCACAAUUUGGUUUAUUACUCUUCUAUCUGAGUCAUCAGUUUGUGUGCUUACAUUUACCCACUCCACUUGGACUGAGAAAUGGUUAACACUGAAGUGGCUUACAGGGUAUAUGUUGGCAAACAAACAAACAAAACCUAAAACACAUUGUUUAUGUCUUGUAAAAUUGGACUUACUUUUGGUGUGUUUGGGUAUGUAUAGCAUGUAAAUUAUUUCAGUAUCAUUUAAAGUAAUCAAAUGUUCAUGUUCUACUUUGAAUUUUUUUAAAUAAAGUUCUGGGUUGUUUUUUUUUUUUAGCCCCUUUAACCUAGGUAAACACACUUGUACAUUACACUUAAUAGUAUAAAGCUAUGUGUGGUGCAUUUCCAAAAGAUAAUGGAUAAAUAUUAACUCAUACACAAAAGCUAUUUUCUAAAAUUAUAGAAUAGGCCUAAUGAGUUUUCUAGUUUUAGCAAGUAAAUGAAUAAUGUUAAACUUUA